GGGCUGACUGGACCACCCUCCACCCUGCUCCUACUAUCAGCAGUCCCCUGAGGGAUGUACUCUGCCUCAGCACCUUUGUCGGCCCCAACUUGCUGCCUGCCUGAUACCCGCACGAGGACCACUUCCAAUAAGACCCAGACACAUUAUGCAGGCCUGGCUUCAGACUGGCCUUUCACAGAUGACCACCUUGGAGACACCCCACAUCUCGCUACAUCAGGAGAUCUCCAAAGGUGCUGGCGGAAGGAGAUGGAAGGAUGGGGAGGGAAAGGAUGCAGCUACCUACACAUGGUAGGUCCUGAUAAAUGAGUGCUAAGUGCACAAAGUUCCACUACUGAGCUCCUUCUGUAUGCUGGGCAUUAUGCCCGGUGUUAGGGUUAUAAAGAUGAACGAACCAUAAGCUGCCAUAGCUCAAGCUUCAGUUCUCAAGAUCCAUCCUGAGAGCCUCCUGUGUGCCCUGUAUGGGCACUGCAGACCCCUGGAUGAGGGACAUCCCAGCAUGUGGGGUGUUCUGCAGGCUGGUGGCUACCCUCCUGGUUGCAGCUUCAGGGCUGACCUGUCAGCUGGCACAGUGCCCAGCAUCAUCCUGGGCCGCUGCCAUCCUGGCAGGCUCACAGAGGCUGGGCACUGAUCGCUCAACAGGGAGCAGAAUAUGGUUUCGGUUUAUUAUCAAGGCAGAUAAAGGCAGUGGCUGAAGCUCAGGGAGCGGUUUGGGCUUACAAAUAAGAAUCUCCAGAUGCCCUACCACUCCCUGGUCCUGCCUUUGUCAGCCACCCCAGCUUUCUAGUCCCUCCUUGUUCUUCUCUGAAAGCAGCCCCAGGGAGGGGACACCUCCUAAAUAGCUGUGUACAGUGCCAGGACUGGAAAGAUGAGGAGGCUAGAACAAGGGGUAGCUGGCCUGGAGGCAGAGACUGAAUGGCAAGAGAUCCUAGAGUUCAAAAGCAUUGGACUGGGAGACAGAGGGGACCCGGAAUGUGAGGAAAAUACCCAGUCACCACUCUGCCUCAUUUAUCUUUGUAUUUGCCCCAUUACUCAGCACCCAGGAUCAGGCACCCAGGAGAGAUACAGAAGGCAUUUCCUGAAUGAAGGCACACAGGACAGGAAGCAGGCCUGGCAAACGUGCCGAAACGCCACUGGCAUGCACGAAACACACAGCCAGGCACGAGCUGGGGAUCCCCAGGUAGGCUGGGCCUAUCCUAAACCUGGGCCAGGGAAACCAACGCCCACCUGCUCUAUCCAGAUUGUACACUGAAGGAAAGGGAGGACCAUCAAUCUUCUUACCCACCUAAGGCAUUGGGCCGUGGCAGGAAGUCAUCAGAGUUCUCACCCACACUGAGUGGGAACCGAAGGAGCAGGAUGCCAGGCAUCCAGUGAUGUUACAGGGAACCAGAGGCAAAGGAGAGAGACUUAAGGCGAAGGGAGAGGAACUGAGAUUUCUGUCCCUGGACCAUGUAAGUCAACCAGGAGAGGGCUUCCGAGUCCCAGAGGGUACAAGAUGCCAGUUCGCACCUCGGGUCUUCAAGCUCACGCCCCACUGGAAGCCCCAAGGUUUGUUUCUGAGUAUACCCAGGAGAGGUUUGGAGACUGCCCAGGUACUUCAACAACCAAAAAGGGACUGAAAUUUUUACCCACUCACCAUCUUCCCUCUCCUGACCCUGCCAGGCUUCCUGCUUCCUGGGGAGCCUAAACCCCCAGGUAGUCCAGUUUCAUUAAACAAGGCCAGAGAGAGUCAUGUCAAGUCUUCGGUGAGGGUAGAGAGGCAGGGCUCUGAACAGUUGACCCCCAAAAGAGGCAUGGGUGGACCUAGGGGAGGAGAGGAGAAGGGAAGUGAGGGGGUGAGGCUGGGUGCUUCUGUGGAGCUGUGUUUGUUUGGGGCCUUUUGGCUGUUCUUCCUGUUUGGCAGCCAGAGCUAUGACAGCCAAAGACACCUCUCAGACUGCACCCAAGAGAGACUGCCAGGCCAGAAAGGAAGCAACAGGCAGGAUCUACUUCCCAACCUCAUCUAGAGCCCCAGGGAGCAUGCCCUUCAUGCCCCAAAGAGUCCAGGCUGCCCCCAAGGAAGGCUACCCAGUACAUGAGCCCCAGGGCCAGCCCUGAAAUGUCAGGCUUGAAGUCAGGGACUCAGCAAUUCAUUGCGACCUGUCUAAACUCAGGGGUUGAUGGAGGUCAAUGGAAGUCAGCAAGAAACAGCAGACUUAAGUUAUGCAGAGGUGCUUUGGAGAAUUGGGCAUCCAGCUUAAAGAAAAUUAGGAGCUGACAGUGAGCCCUGAACAGUAAGAAGAGAACUUUCUCUUCUAUCCAUUACCCUUUCCAAGGGUCACCAGGCUCAGAGGCUAACAUAAGAGGAAGGGACUCAUAGCUCCAACUGUCUAGGUUCAAUCCAUCACUGAUAAAUUGUAUGACCUUCAACAGUAACUUAAUCCCUCUAAAUUCAGUUUCCUCCUCUAAAUUGAGGCUGAUGAGAAUUAAAGCAUCUACCUCAAAUGGCAUUUGUCAUGAAGAUUAAGGGAGCUAAUUUGUGUAAAGCAUUUGAGACAUACCUGACAGACUGGCUGUUAUUUUUGUCACCGGCAGGGCCCACACGCCGUAGCCUGCCCUCCCGUUCCCCACAGAGUACACAGGGGUAGCUGGGGUGGGGGAGAGCAGGACUCUGAGUUUGACCACAUGCUAUUCAGAUAUCAAGUCAGGGAGGCUGGGGUGGACCAUGCGAGUGGGUGCCGAAUGGGGGCAGCACAUGUCAGAAGUGGAGACAGACACCACUGCAGUGACCUGAUCAUCCCAGAAGUACCUCACCAGCCCAGCCCCAGCAUCAGAGCCUGAAAUCUAGCCUCAGAAUAGACUCAUGGCCUCAGUACAGAUUUCUGUGCCCUAGUGAGCCAGAGAUGCCCACUAUGUGGGGAAAGAAGUCUGACCUGGGAGGCAGGAGGCCUGGAAUGGGCAAUGCGACCCCAGCAGUGGCUCCCAUCUCCAGCCUGUCUCUUCCUCCAGUCCCAGAGGGGGCUGAGAUCUCUUCCAUCCCUGAUCACCUGAGACUCUCUCAGAUACUCUCCUCUCUCUGCUGUGACUCCACCACCCAGAGUGGUGUGCCAGGUCCAGGGAGGGCACACAGAACCAACCAGCCAGGGCAAGAAUAUCCAGAGACAUCAUGCCAGGGAAGAAGGAAGAGGCGGGCCCAGAAGAGCCAACAGCUCCUUAGAAGUGGAAGAGUGGGACCUCUUGAACUUUGGGAAGGCUGGCACGGCACCCAGGCCGGCCGUCUUACACUCGGGAGCCCAGGGCCAGUGCUUGCGUCAUCUUCUCCAGAAGUAUGUGAGCCCAGAUACGUCAGCCUUCAGGUGACUGUGAACCCCAGCCUGCUGGUGCCCCUGGACCUCAAGGUGGAUCCAGCCAUCCAGCAGCAAAAGAACCAGGAAAAGGAGGAAAUGAAGGUCCUCAAUGACAAAUUUGCCUCCCUGAUUGGCAAGGUGCAGGCCCUGGAGCAGCGCAACCGGCUGCUGGAGACCCGCUGGAGCUUCCUGCAGGGCCAGGGCUCUACUGCCUUUGACCUUGGGCACCUCUACGAGAAGUAUCAGGGCCGGCUGCAGGAGGAACUGCGCAAAGUGAGCCAGGAGCGGGGACAGCUGGAGGCCAACCUGCUGCAGAUGCUUGAGAAAGUCGAGGAGUUUCGAAUCAGGUAUGAAGAUGAGAUCUCCAAGCGCACAGACAUGGAGUUUACCUUCGUCCAGCUGAAGAAGGACCUGGAUGCAGAGUGUCUUCGACGGACCGAACUGGAGACCAAGUUAAAAGGCCUACAGAGCUUUGUGGAGCUGAUGAAAACCAUCUAUGAGCAGGAGCUAAAGGACUUGGCAGCCCAAGUGAAGGAUGUGUCAGUGACCGUGGGCAUGGACAGCCGCUGCCACAUCGACCUGAGUGGCAUCGUGGAGGAGGUGAAAGCCCAGUAUGAUGCCAUCGUGGCUCGCAGCCUGGAGGAGGCCAAGGCAUACUCCCGGAGCAAGCUGGAGGAGCAGGUUGCCUGCUCAGCUGAGUUUGGGAAAAGCCUCCAGAAUAGCCGCAGCGAGAUCGCUGACCUCAACGUACGCAUUCAGAAGCUCCGAUCCCAGAUCCUCUCCAUCAAGAGCCACUGCCUGAAACUGGAGGAGAACAUCAAAGAGGCCGAGGAGCAGGGGGAGCUGGCCUUCCAGGACGCCAAGGCCAAGCUGGCCCAGCUGGAGGAUGCCCUGCAUCAGGCCAAGAAGGACAUGGCGCGGCAGCUGCGCGAGUACCAGGAGCUCAUGAACACCAAGCUGGCCCUGGACAUCGAGAUCGCCACCUACCGGAAGCUGGUGGAGGGCGAGGAGAGCCGGAUGGACUUGCCUUCAGCAGCCAUGGUUAGCACUGUGCAAUCCAGAUCCAGAACUGUUGCUUCCAAGUCUCACCUCUCGAGAGCCCCCUCCCGGAAGAAGAAGAACAGCAGGGGCCAUGUGAUCAAAGUCACCGAAAUGUCAGAGAAGUUCUUCUUGCAGGAGUCAGAGACCUCAGAAUAAGGCAGCUGGACUCCAGGAGCCCCAUGUCACUCCGCUGCAGCAAGACUCAAGAAAACAGCUUGGGGCCUCUAGGUUGGGAGGGGAAACAAACCUGAUCCUGAACAGAGAGUUCGAAACAAUGAUUCUUCCUGGGGGUGCCAGGGGUGGGACAGGACUGUCACCAGCUAUUCAGAAUCACUGUGCUCCAUAUGAAUAUUCACAACCCCACCUGUCCAACCUCUGGCCAGAAGUUUCCUGACUGGAAAACUGGAAUUGGGGUCAGUUUUGUCUCUACCUCCUCAUUUCUCUGAGACUCCUCCCCUAACAGAGGGCUCUGACCAAGGUCCCUUUGACCCUUCUGCCCAACCCUUGCCCUAAACUCACAUCUCAAGUCUUGCCUUUGCCUCAGCCUCGAGGCCAGUGCCCUUGCUUGCCCAGCUCCAGCCGGCUGUGGACCAGAGGCUGAUGAGUUCUGCUUGGGCCCCUCCUCAUAUCUGAAGUCCCGUGGAGACUGGGUCCUGAGCGUCCCUGGCUGUCCUGCACCACCUGGGCUCCCCAGAGACCUGACAGGAGUGAAGGGAAGUGCCUCUCUGGGUAGUUGGGACCUGAGCCUGGACCUCUGAGAUCGGCCCAGACACCUGUGCUUCUUCCCUCCUCCCGCGGAGUCCUCCCAGCAGGUCACAGUCAGAAUUAGACAGGCUGCUCAGCCAGCUCCCAGAACCUUCUCCAGAAGCUUUUCGUGCUUUGAUGAGCUCCUUGGGGAGAAGGCUGAUGGCAGCCCGAGACCAGGCACGGGAAUCAGACCCUCCCUUCUCCUCCCUGCCGUCCUGGGGUUCACUACCCUACCCUGGAUCUCAGCUCUCUGCCCCCGACCCAGGUUUUUCCAAGCCCGAAACCUGACUUCGGUGCAUCAGGCCCUGUAGACCCCUAGCCCCAUCCCAGCCAUGAAACUGCAGGCCUAUUUCUCAUGAAUCGCUUCUCAGGGUCUCUGUUCUUCCCAUCAGGAUAAACAGCCUGGCCCUGCUCUCCUUUGCAUCCAUCAAGGAGCCCAGGAACACCCCAAACCUGCGGGUUAGAGCUCCUGCCUUUUCUUCCCCCUGUGCUCCCCUUCUUCCAUGUCCUCUCCCCUGUCUCUGGCAGGGCCAUGAAGAAGGCACAGUCCAGGCUGGUCUGGAAGCUUCUGAGCCCUUGAGUUCAUGCCGAGGCAUCCCAAUGACACCGAAGAGAAAUUCUGCAUCCAACAAGAUUUGGGGAUGGGAGGAGUGCUCUUCUUUUUUCCUCUUGGCUCUUACCUUUGGGGCUCACAGGGGGAUCCUGGCAGCUCUAGCCUCCCACUCCACAGCUACCUCCUCUCCUUCCCUCUUCUCUCCCUACGUGCCCCUUGCCUCCCCUCCUCUUCUAGCCCCAGUCUUUGAUUUAUUCAUCUCCUUUUCCAGGAGGCCUUGGCCCCUCCUAAGCCUCAAGCUCCUCCAGCCCUGUGUGGGGUUGCUGAAAGGCUACUACUGACUCUCUCAGGCUGGAGGGAAUUCAGACAUAUACUCAGCCCUGGAAGUCCCAAAGGAUGCUGAUUGCUGCUUUUUCUCCGCUAUUUAUUGGUUUCCAAGGGAGCAAAUCCUCAGUGGGGAUACAAGAUAUAUAAAAUAUAUGUAUAUUAUUUUUUCAUAACUUAUGUGGCUUUUAACUUAUUGCUUCCCUUCCUUUUUCUGCAUAAUCAGUGGUAUAUAUUAUACUAUCUGGAUAGACGACACAUACCCCAGCCCCUCCACCUGACCAGCUGACUAUUUGUGAGCAAGGCCCCCUUUCCCUGCCAAGGGAUGAAUAAAGUGUUAAGAUUUGUUCAUGGAUAAA